GCAUACACUUCCUACUCCAACUCAGAGUUCGAGAGAGAUGAGAAAAAAUGAGACGGCACCAGAAGCACGACUGAUGUAAAUAUUCUGCACAGCUCUGAUGACAAAAUGAAAAGCUACACUGUUGUAUCUUCGUUUCUGGUUGUUUGGACACUCACUGAGUUUGUCUGGUGUGGUGAAGAAUCGAACCUGGACGUUGUGAAAUCUGCACCAGCGGAAAUUACUAUUACGUGUGGUAAAAAUAAAUUUGUGUCAAAAGAUGGCAAGAGCGAGAUGCCUCUGACUUUGAAAUACAAGGAUGAGAACUCUGGAGAAUAUGCUUGUGUGGAUCAACAAGAUCAAUCAAUUGGAUCGAGGAUUUAUGUGAGAUUCAGAACUUGUGAUAACUGCGUGGAGCUCGACUGGUGGUCCAUUUCAAGUCUAGCUGUUGGAGAUUUGAUGGCUACCAUUGUGCUCGGAGUGGGUGUCUAUCUCGUUGCGUCACGGUAUCAUGCCUCUGUUGUCUCCUCACAACACAGAAACUCGGAUCGAAAACAUCUUAUUCCAUCUGAGAACCAGAUAAGAGUCCCAAAUCCUGAUUACCAAGAGCUGAGUCACACGGCUGGUCGUAGACAAGUAUAUGAUAGCCUCAACAACAAAUGACAACCAUGGCCCACCCUAAUAAAAUACCGUGCUCAAACUGAAAACCAGUUCUUGAGCGCCGAUUUUGGGAUAAUUUUUAUAAAGCAUGUAUCAAAGAGUUUCUGUCUGCUUUUCCCAUGUAAUGACGUUAAUAAACAAAUUCUUGUUCCGU